AUGUUGGAGCAAAAAACUUUUUUGACUAAUGCAGCUAUUAAUAACAAUGUUGAUAAUGAUGGUGAUGUAAAGUCUUGGCCUGCAGCAAAAGUUCGUUCAACUUUUAUUUCAUAUUUCGAAUCAAAACAGCACAAAUACAUACCUUCCUCCUCCACCAUACCCUUUGAGGACCCUACAUUACUAUUUUCAAAUGCUGGAAUGAACCAAUUCAAGUCAAUAUUUUUAGGCACUGUUGAUCCUAACUCAGAUUUUGGUAAACUUAAAAGAGCUGCCAACAGUCAAAAAUGUAUACGUGCAGGUGGUAAACAUAAUGAUUUGGAUGAUGUUGGUAAAGAUGUGUAUCAUCAUACUUUUUUUGAAAUGUUGGGAAAUUGGUCAUUUGGUGAUUAUUUUAAGAAAGAAGCUAUUGGUAUGGCAUGGGAGCUUUUGACAAAAGUUUAUGGAAUUCCUAAAGAUCGUCUCUAUGUAACUUAUUUCCAAGGGGAUGAAAAAUCGCAAUUGGCACCUGAUUUAGAAGCAAAACAGUUUUGGAAGGAUAUAGGUGUUGAAGAAGACAGAUUAAUUCCUUCUGGAGUGAAAGAUAAUUUCUGGGAAAUGGGAGAAACUGGCCCAUGUGGACCAUGUUCAGAAAUUCAUUUUGAUCGAAUUGGUAAUCGAGAUGCAUCACAUCUAGUCAACCAAGAUGACCCAGAUGUUCUUGAAAUCUGGAACAUUGUAUUCAUCCAAUUCAAUCGUGAAUCUGAUGGAACACUUCGUCUAUUACCAAACAAACACGUUGACACAGGAAUGGGAUUGGAAAGAAUAGUCUCAGCAUUACAAAACAAACGGUCAAACUAUGACACCGAUAUAUUUAUGCCAAUUUUUGGCAAAAUUCAGGAAUUAACUGGUGCCAGGUCUUAUACCGGCAAAGUUGGAGUUGAGGACAUUGAUGGAUUGGAUAUGGCCUAUCGUGUAAUUGCUGAUCAUAUUAGGACUUUAACAUUUGCUAUAUCUGAUGGUGGUGUACCAAGUAAUGAAGGCCGUGGUUAUGUGUUAAGAAGGAUUUUAAGACGUGGUGCUCGGUAUGCUAGAAAAAAAUUUAAUGUUCAAAUUGGAAAGUUUUUUUCAAGUUUGGUGGACACUGUCGUAAAAGAAAUGAGUGAUGCAUUCCCUGAAAUUCGUCAACAUGCUACAGAUGUUAAAGAGAUACUAGAUGAGGAAGAGGAAUCAUUUUCCAGAACUUUGGAUCGUGGUGAAAAACUAUUUGAUAGCUACCUUCAAAAAACAAAAAAAAACAAUUCCAAAUACCUUUCAGGAGUUGAUGUAUGGAGAUUGUAUGACACUUAUGGAUUUCCUGUUGAUUUGACAAGAUUGAUGGCUGAAGAGAAUAAUCUUGAAAUUAAUAAUGAGGAGUUUUCUAGAGAACAAGAGAAAGCCAAAGAAAUAAGUCGUAAUGCGCGUGCUGGUGUUAGUGGCAAUGAAGAAGUGACUGUAUUGGAUGUUCAUGAUAUUGCACGUAUUGAAAAAGAAAAAAUUGUAUCUAUAACUGAUGAUAGCUAUAAAUAUCAAACCGGAAAUAUCAAUGCAACAAUCAAAGCAAUAUUUCAUAAUCAUGAUUUCAUUAAAACUUCAAAGAACUCAAUCCAGCAAGGAAAAAGGUUUGGAAUUAUACUUGAUAAAACCAAUUUCUAUGCAGAACAGGGUGGUCAAACAUAUGACACAGGUUCAUUGACCAUUGAUGGACAGGCAGAAUUUGUGGUAGAGAAUGUGCAAGUUUAUGGUGGAUAUGUUUUACAUGUUGGAUAUUUGAAAUAUGGCAAUUUAUCUGUUGAUGAUUCUCUACGUCGUUGGCCGAUUAGAAACAAUCAUACUGCCACUCAUAUAUUAAAUUUUGCUUUACGUGAAGUUUUUGGUACUGUCAUUGAUCAGAAAGGUUCUUUAGUUGCACCAGACAAGUUAAGAUUUGACUUUUCACUAAAGAAAGGUGCAACAAAUGAUGAAAUAAAACGAGUUGAAGAGAUUUCAAAUCAAUUUAUUAAAAACAAUAAAAAAGUAUAUUCUAAAAAUGUUUCAUUACAAGUUGCCAAAGCAAUUCAUGGACUUCGUGCAGUAUUUGGAGAAGUUUAUCCAGAUCCAGUAAGGGUUGUUUCGAUUGGUUAUGACAUUGAUGACAUUAUAAAAGAUGUCUCAAACCCAAGAUGGAAUGAUACCUCAAUAGAAUUCUGUGGUGGAACUCAUGUUGCAAAAACAGGAGAUAUAAAAGGUUUUAUUAUAUUAGAAGAAUCAGGUAUUGCUAAAGGAACUCGUAGAAUUGUUGCUGUUACAGGUGAAGAAGCUCAACAAGCAUCUAGAAUCGCUGAAGAAUUUCAAAAUAGAUUUACACAAAUUUCUAAAUUGCAAGGUGCAGAGCUUGACAAUGAACUGAAGAAGAUAACCAAAGAUCUUGAUGCAUCAAAUAUUUCUGCAAUCAAAAAAUCAGAACUUCGAGAAACAUUGCAAUUACUUAAAAAAUCAUUUGUGGAAGCUGAUAGAGCAGAAAAGGCUGCUCAAUCCAAAGAGGUGAUUAAUAAAAUUAAUGAUUACUUUAAAGAAAACCCCAAUAGUCCUUAUAUAAUUAAACAGUUAAAUAUUGGAUCAAACUCAAAAGCAAUCUCCAACGCAAUCACACAUAUCAAAACUAAUCUAAAAGAUAAAACUGGAUAUUUAUUUUCAAUUGAUUCAGAAUCAGGUAAAGUACAUCAUAGUUGUGUUGUUGGUCAACCUUUAAUAGAAAAAGGGUUGAAAGCUAAUGAUUGGGCCAAAGCUGUUUCUGAAACUGUUGGAGGAAAAUCUGGUGGUAAAGAUGAAACGGCUCAAGGUACAGGAACAAAUAUUGAUGAUGUUGAUAAAGCUUUAAUUGUUGCAGAAGAAUUUGAAACUAUUCAUUUGGGGGCAGAGACCAAAUGUAUUUUAUCACAACUAACAUCCAAAUUUGAUGGUUGUGAACUUGUCAUAAAGGACAACACCAUCAUUGCAACUUAUUCAAACCAUAUUAUAGAAUAUAACAAAGAAGAUGGUCAUUGGUCGGGAUCCAAACAAGAAAAUAGCAACGAAAAUAUUAACGAAUUAUCAUCAUCUACCACACCAACCAAUACAAAUCAAGAAAAUCAAGAUAUCAUGGAUGUAGACAACAACAAUGAUACUGAAAAAACUACUACUAUGCAAUUACUAUCACCUGAAUUAGGCGAUCAAAAGAAUUUGUAA